AUGCCCACCGAUGUAACUUGGCUGGACAUAUGCCUUGCUGGUGCUGCAGUGUAUCUAGUAAAGCAGGUGUUCACCAAGAAGAACAAUGUACCAUACCCACCUGGUCCCCCGGGAUGGCCUCUCGUUGGAAACGUCCUAGACAUGCCUCGCAUCAAGCCCUGGCUCACCUUCGCUGAGUGGGGCAAGAAGUAUGGUGGUAUAUCACACAUCGAGCUUCUGGGUCAGCACAUCAUUGUGCUGAAUUCUGUCAAGAUUACGAUGGCAAUGCUGGACGGGAAGAGCUCCGUGUAUUCUGACCGUCCUAUUCUGCCUAUGGGCGGCGAACUUUGUGGCUGGAAGCACGCUUUGGGUUUUCUCCCUUACGGUGACCGUCUUCGCUUGUACCGCAAGAACCUCCACCGCGUCAUUGGCAGUCACGCCGCCUUGAAUAUCUACCACCCGAUCGAGGAAGUUGAAACCCACCGAUUCCUGAAGCGCGUACUUGCGAAUCCCGACCAAUUACAGGCACACAUUCGACACACCACUGGUGCUGUUCUUCUGCAAAUCUCUUAUGGAUAUGAAGUGAAGGAGAACGACGAUCCCUUCGUUGAUCUUGCGGAACGCGCUCUCGACCAAUUGUCACGGGUCAGUGUUGCCGGUGCCUUCUUCGUUGAUAUUAUGCCAUCCUUGGCCAAGGUCCCAGAGUGGUUUCCCGGUAUUGGAUUCAAGCGCAAGGCCCGUGAAUCACUCGAGACACUCGAAAAGAUGGCUGGCGCACCCUACGGGUUUGUCAAGGAUCAGAUGGCCGCUGGAAUUGCCCAAAGGUCUUUCACCUCGGAUUUGUUGGAAGGCCGUGCUUUGUCUGCAGAAGAAGAACACAUUGUGAAAUGGUCUGCCGCAUCUCUGUACAGCGGUGGUGCUGAUACGACGGUUUCUACAAUUUACACGCUUUUCCUAGCCAUGACAAUUUCCCCUGACGUGCAGAAGAAGGCUCAGGCUGAAAUAGAUGCCGUCGUUGGUCCUGAUCGUCUUCCCUCCUUCGCCGACCGCGACUCCCUCCCUUAUACUGAGGCGCUUGUGAAAGAAGUCCUACGUUGGAAUGCUGUCGUCCCUAACGGUGGCCCCCACCGUGUCACUGAGGACGAUAUCCAUGACGGGUACUACAUCCCAAAAGGCUCCUUGGUAAUACCCAACGUUUGGUUCAUGCUUCAUGACCCGCGGACUUAUGCUAACCCUUCGCAAUUCAACCCUGAACGCUUCUUAGCGAGAGAUGGAAAGGAGUCUGAGACCGAACCUAGUACGAUCUGCUUCGGCUUCGGCAGACGUCCAACUCAGAGGGCGCCGACGAAGAAGACAGUUCUGACGUUGCUUUCUUUCCCAGGUCUCCAUCUCGCUGAUGCGUCUGUCUGGAUAUCCACCGUGAUGUCACUCGCUGUGUUUGAUAUUUCCAAGAUCGUCGAGAACGGUGUUGAGAUCACCCCUGAGCUUGACCCCUCGUCAAGUAUGAUCAGCCAUCCGAAGCCCUUCAAGUGCUCUAUUAAGGCUCGCUCUGCACAAGCCCUUGAGCUCAUUCAGCAGGAUGCUAACUACUAA